CAAGUGUUGAUAUAAAAGAACAAGGUCACCGCUUAUUGUAAUAUUCAUACAACGAUGCUUCUCUCAGGACCUGGGGGUGAUGCAUGGACACCAAACGCAAACAGAACAGUUCCCAAAUAGCAUGGAGAAUUAGGUUGUGUUUGUCGCUGCUUUCAAUUGCUGUUGCCACUUGUGUCUUUGUUCGCUCCAUCGUAACCAGCACAAACUUAAACAUAGACAAUUUUAAUUUUGUGGCAUCGCAUCGUAUACGAAGUCACACCUUACUAGAAAAACAGAGAAAAGACACAGCAAUUCCGUUAAACCAACAAUUUCUUGUGUCUGCCCAUGUUCGUCUCUUUCCAUCUGUCAGAUUUCCUGGCACAGAUAAUAGCAAAGACCCCAUCUUUAACCCAACAAGCCACUCAAUCCUUGAGUUAAACGAACAAGCAACAGACAACAUCCACCAACACGCUACAGGCGUCAACAUCACACGGGAGGGAAUCAAGAUUUUAUACCCAGGUGUGUACUACAUUUACAGUAACGUUAACUUUAAACCUAACUCAACUCGUUACACUGCGGAAUUUCAUUAUCAGACGUGGUUCCAGUAUAUCAGUAGACGAUCAGCCACCAGCCCAGUUUUAUCUGGCGUCUUAUUGAGAACUGUUCACACCUGUUGUAGCAACUGUACAGGUAGUCGGGAGACGGCUUAUACAGGCGGUGUGUUCAGCCUCCAGACAGGGGACGUCAUCCAAGUUUGUGUCUCGGGUCAAGGUCUAGUAGAUUUUGGAACAGGACUGACCUACUUAGGACUUUAUUUGUUAAACAUUUGAUGGAAAUAGCCAUGGCCUACACACACCUGUCAAAAUGUAAGAAGAAUCUUGGCCAUGCAGAAUUUACACGUCUGAAUAAUUUAAACGAUGAUGACGUUGCUUCUGCUUCCUACGACAAAAACAAUCUGUCGAGCUAGAGAUUGUUGAUUUAUUUUUAUAACAGUUGUUCCUAAUGCUUACAGCCCUUAGAUUAUUUUAUACUUUAAUUAUUUAAAAGUAUUUUUAAAACUAACGGAUUUUGUUUUAUGGUGGUUUUUUCGAUUUAAUUUCAUUAGUUUUUUUUUAUUUGCUUUUCGUUUGUUUUUGUUUUUCAUACCUUACAUCUAAUUUAUAAUUUUAUUUAUGAGAUUCCUUAUAUUUUUGAUAAUUUUUUUAUCUUUUAUUCGCGAAUGAAAUCCCCUCAAAUGUUUGGCAACUAAUGAUUUUAUUGGAGCAAGCAAAUUAGAUUUACUUUUUUAUUUCCAAUAAAUUUUAAAGCUCAUUGUUAUAAAGAUAUUUUUGUUUUAUUUAUGACUUGUGCUUUUUUGCUAAUCAGGAAUAUCAACUACAUAAAUGAUAUUAAAAAGAUAA